CGGAGAUGGGCUCUGUGAAGCUCUUCAACAAGUGGAGCUACGAGGAUGUUGAGAUCAGGGACAUCUCCUUGACCGACUACGUCCAGAUCCGUUCUCCUGUCUACCUCCCUCACACCGCUGGCCGUUACGCCGCCAAGCGUUUCCGCAAGGCGCAGUGCCCCAUCAUCGAGCGUCUCACCAACUCGCUCAUGAUGAACGGCCGCAACAGCGGCAAGAAGCUCAUGGCCGUCCGCAUUGUUGCCCACGCUUUCGAGAUCAUCCACAUCAUGACCGACCAGAACCCCCUCCAGGUCGCCGUCGAUGCCGUCGUCAACUGCGGUCCCCGUGAAGACUCCACCCGUAUCGGUUCCGCUGGUACCGUCCGUCGCCAGGCCGUUGAUGUCUCCCCUCUCCGCCGUGUCAACCAGUCCAUUGCUCUCUUGACCAUCGGUGCCCGUGAGGCUUCUUUCCGUAACAUCAAGAGCAUUGCUGAGUGCUUGGCUGAAGAGCUUAUCAACGCCGCCAAGGGAAGCUCCAACUCCUACGCCAUCAAGAAGAAGGACGAGCUCGAGCGUGUUGCCAAGAGCAACCGGUAAAGAGAUGUUGUUGGGUGUCUCCGUUUGGUCCUAUUUAUUAUGUUUACUGGAGUGGACGGGGUUUCAUUAGGAUUCAGUCGAUUGGCAUACAUCUGCGCGACUGUAAAUACCAGAUAAAAAAACAGUCACGAGAGGGAGAGAUCCUUUUUCUUACAAAAAAAAAAAAGAAGAAAUU